AAAUAAAGAGGUUUGCUAGCUUAAAUAUGCCAUCGGAGAGUAACAAAAUCAAAUAUUUUAUCAAACUCUUUCAUCCAUGGCUAGAAGAAAUUCUACUCUCCCCAUCCGUUUCUUCAAGAUCAUCCUCCAAACUAAUCUUCAUAGGAUUCAAAUACCAAAUAAGUUUACUAGGAGAUAUGGAGUUCAUUUAUCAAAUCCAGUGUUGAUAAAGCCUCCUGAUGGCACUAAAUGGAAAGUUUAUUGGAAAAAAAUCAAUGGCGAGAUUUGGUUUGAAAAGGGUUGGAAAUAUUUUACUGAAAAUUACUCUCUUGGACAUGGCUCUUUGGUUGUGUUUGAAUAUAAAAGAACUUCCAAGUUUGAUGUACACAUUUUUGGCCGGAAUGCAGUAGAAAUAGAUUAUUCUUCAUGUGACAGUGAUGAUGAAAAUGACAAUGUUGAUCAUAGUGAUGAUGAUGAAUCAGUUGAGAUUUUGGACGAAUGGCUUAAUUGGAAGAAGGCUAAACAAAGAUCACCUUUCGUUUCUCCUCGACCACAUAAAAAAGUUCGAGGUGAUGAUGAGAAGACUACUAAAAGAACUUCAUCAAUAAAUUGGCCAAAGGAUGUUAGAGCUCAGAAAGUAGCUCAAAAUUUCAUCUCAAACAAUCCUUUUUUCACAAUUCUCAUAAAACCUAACCAUAUAGCAGAUAGUCAGCUGUUUGUACCUUUAGAUUUAAAAGGGAUUAUUGAGAACAAAGAGAAGAAUGUUCUUCUGCAGAUUGGGAAAAAAUCAUGGAAUGUGAAAUUGCUCCGUUAUUCCGAGAUUUUAAAUGGUCGCCGCCUAUCGGCCGGUUGAUCCUUGUUUGCAAGUGAAAGUGGACUAAAACAUGGAGAUGUUUGUGUCUUUGAGCUCAUAAACAAGGAAGAUUUAGUUUUUAAAGUUCAUAUUUUCUAGGACAAAGUUAAUGUAUCUGUUUUGGAUGCCGUUGUUUCUAUAACUAAGUUAAUGUAUCUUUCUAGAAC